AUGUUAUCCAAAGACCGAGGUACCAAGGAGAAGGAAGUUGCACACGACCAAGAUACAUACCAGGUAAGACUACCCGGGUUUAGUGUCAAGGUUAUGCCUACUCAUAUACCUAAACAAGAAGAAGUGACUCUUGAACCUAUAAGUCAAAUUGGUUAUAAACUUAAAUUAAAUGGUGUAAGAGAUAGACAAGACGUUUUAGAUCAAUGGAAGAAGAGCAUGAGUAGUGUACUUAAUUUAAAUAUUGAAUGGAUUUCAGAAAAUUUAUUAAAUUAUAUUGAACAUAGUCUCUACGGCAGUGUAGAAGACUGGUAUGAUGGAAUAGAUGAAGAAGUCAAAACUGCAUUAAGAGCUAGUGAAUCACCUACUAGAAUGUUCAGACAGUUGUGUCAAUACAUUGAGUUAGAAUUCAUUGGUCCUAGAGUCGAUCCUAAUGAGAAACGAAUGGAAUAUCAAAGAAAAUUAAGUAAUUUGUCCAUCUGUAAUAUGAAAUAUGUUGAUGAUUAUGUUAUGGAAUUUGAAACAUAUUAUUAUAAAAUUGGUGAAAAUGAAACAAAUCUUGGAAUGUUCUAUGACAAAUUACCCAGUCCUCUUAAUGAAGAAAUUAGUGAAAAAUAUCAAGAAUGGAGAGAGAGAUUCUUAGCUAGGGACGCCCUAGGUAAAAGAAUUGCUUUCCUUAGAAAGUAA